AGGAUUGCCAUUCACUCUUCAUUAUUUUCUUCCCUUUUACCGCACGACAUCAUGGUUGGCGCGGGUGGCUCUUGUUCGACACAUGAAAGUGCCAGAGAGGACGCAGAUGGCGAGAACCGCGUCCCUCUCCCCUCACACGAGCCGUACAACGCGGAGGGAGAAGGCAACAGACUGGAAAGCAGUCCUUCUCCCAGCGACGUCCAUGCUGAGGUGCAAGUGCAGCAAGACCCAAAGGAGGAAGUGGUGGAGCGCACACACGAAAAUCCCUUCCUUGCGUACCUCCGCCGACUGAAGGGCGCCGGCCAGCCGGGGCCCGCAUUCUGGAACCCCACCUGGGACGGCAUCCCCGCCUUCCUCUUCACCGCCAUCACUCUGGAGGUGCUCGCCGUUAUCGAGGCGUUCGGCUUGCAGCCCUACGACAAAGGUCUCCUUUCGUAUCUCCCGUCGUUUGGCGCCUCUUGUUGUAUGGUGUUUUGCCUCCUCACGUCCCCCGGUGCCCAACCGCGCGCGAUCGUUUUCACACACAUCAUCGGCGCCUUCUUCGGUGUAUCGUGGGCCCACAUUACCAAUAACCUGCCCAAGCCUCUCAGUCAGCAAAUCGCGUGCGCGUUUGCCGUGGGUAUUAUGACGGCUCUCAUGAUGCUGUUUGGCGCGUUGCAGCCGUCGGCGUCCGCCACAACUUGUCUCGCCGCUUUUCACCUUUACGGUCAGAUGAAAGACCAGGGUUUCAUGUUUAUGGUGGCGCCGGCAACGGUAGGUCCUCUUGUCAUUGUAUUCCUCGGUGUCCUCUUCAACAACAUUAUUCCCUGGAGACAUUGCUAUCCCGUGUGGUGGUAG